UGAGCAACAAACGGUCGAUGUCCAUUUUUCGGAGCCAAGCGUCGCCGUCGCCCCGGGUUGCCCUCGAGAGGGACUACUUCUGACCGCGUAAUGGUCGGCAGGGUCGCGGUGCUCCCCUUCCGUCUCGCACCGUCGCCUGGCCAGUUGUUUUAGCGGCUUUUCCACCCCUGUCUUUAACCGUGUGUGUUGUCGCUGGCGAGGGGACUUUUUCCUCCUUCUUCGCCCUCUCGGCUCUGCUGGGUCGCCGCUAUGGACGCGCUGUGGGUGAUACCGCUGCUGCUGCUGCUCCCGCUCCUCCUGUGGGGCAGCAGCACCUUCGGGUUUUAUUUCAAAAAGUGCUUCUACGUGAGCUGGAUGAUGGUGCUGGCGCUGCUGGCGAUCCCCCUGUGCAUCCUGAAGAGCGGCGGCAGGGACGUCGAGAACAUGCGGAUUAUCCGCGUCUUGGUGCACCACGUGAAAUACUUGCUGGGUCUCCGGUUUGACGUGAGCGGUUGGGAGCAUCUGCAGACGGAGGGGCCGUACGUCAUCAUCUCCAACCACCAGAGCUCGCUGGACGUUCUGGGCCUGAUGGAGGUCUUACCGGACCGCUGCACCAUGAUCGCCAAGAAGGAGUUGAUCUACGCCGGCACGGUCGGUCUGAUCUGCUGGCUGGGCGGCAUCGUCUUCAUCAACCGCAAGAAGACGAGCGACGCCAAGAGCGUCAUGGCCGACGCCGCCCAGACCAUGCUGGACGAACGGAUUCGUCUGUGGGUGUUUCCAGAGGGAACUCGAAACCAGACGGGUGACCUGCUGCCCUUCAAGAAAGGGGCGUUCCACCUGGCAGUGCAGGCACAGGUGCCCAUCGUCCCCAUCGUCUUCUCCUCCUACAGCAGCUUCUACCUGCGGAAAGAAAAGCAGUUCAACUCGGGGACCAUCAGAGUGCAGAUCCUCCCGAAGAUCGACACGAAGGGGAUGGCGCUGGACGACGUCGCCUCCCUCUGCGACAAGUCCUAUGACGUGAUGCGCUCGGCCUUCCGGAACGUCGCCGAGUCCAAAACCCAGAGCAACGGGCCGCUGAGGCGCUGAACCUUUACCGACUGCUCCCCCGCUUUGACCCCCGACCCCCUAACCCCCCCCAGUCUGAGACCCAACCCUGUCCCCAGACCCCGGCGGUCCCAUAACCUGGUCAGGAAAAACCACACGGGGCACCGGCCUCUUGUCAUGGAUCCUCUUCUCUAGUUGACGCCCGGUCCGGUUCAGUCCGGUCCGGCCUCACGGCGCAGUCGGUCCUGACCCUCGCCGCGUCUCUGCACGCCGCGAGCGGAGUGACGGACGACGCGCCGACCAGCGCAGACGUGUGCCGCGCUCCGUGUUUGCCUUUUGUUUUGGACGGCUCUGUCCGCCUUCAUUCAUGCUUUUCUAUUUUAUUUGUAUUAUCACCAUUUUGUACUGCUUUUGUUUCUUCUCUUCUCCUUUUGUUUAGCAUCUAAUCCGUUGCUUUUUUUUUCCUGUCGGCGGAUUAUUCAUUUGUUCGUCUCACACACACACACACACAUACACACACACACACACACACACACACACUCGUGAGCAAACCAAUUCAAAGAACCCGUCUCUCUUCCCUUUGUUUAGUAUUGGGCUGAUGGGGUUCCAGUGAGGUGCAUUGUGGGUGCUUCAUUUGCUUUUUCGGUCAUUGUUAUUAUUUUUUUCUCUCCGAAAGGUUCGAGCAACAAGUGUCUUCCCACUUUAUUUCUGCUUUCUAUUUAUCAGAUGAACUUUUUUUGUUGUAGUUUGUUUUUUUCCGCUCCUCGGACAAGGGAAGCUCAUUUAAGAUGUCAAACAAAUAAUGAUAUUGCGCAAUCCCGUUUCAAAAUAUUGUGCAGUGCCGUUUUCGAGCGCUGCUGUUCCAAAGUGCGAGCCGCCGGCCGCCGCCGCGCCAUCAGCCAAAUCCACGGCCGGAUCUCACCUGACCAAUGACGUGCGGUCGCUCUUCUUGAGGAGGCGUGGCUUCAUGAGAUGACUUUAGAUCUCAAGUGUUGUUGUUUAUUUGGGUUUUUUUGGGUCUGAUUUCAUUUGUUCUGAUUAACUUGAAGGUUCACUAAUUGCCAACCUGGUUGUCCCUGUUUUUGUUUUUUAGUCGUGAUGUUCUGAAGAAUAUUAGACUAUUUAAAAAAAAUGUUUUGGCAAUUAUUUAAGUUUGACGAUGACUUAACGUCUUCACGUCGCUCGCCGCCUUUUGCUUCAGACCAUUAAACAUCUGAGAAUGUAGUUCAGCAUUCAGGAUAUUUGUGUACGACUUAAUUUAACUUGUUUUAUUUUAUAUAAACGUGGGAUGUUGUCUUUCACACAGUUGGCUUCACAUGUGGAAAAAUGUAUUUAUUUCAACAUUUAAUUGCCAAAUUUAGACUCGACACAAGCACAUAAAAACUUCUGGAGAUUAAUUUUUUUCGUGAAUGGAUUUAUUCAUAUUUAGUGCAGCUUUAAGUUCAAUGCCAGUAGAGAAAACGCCCUUUAUUAAUACUAACCGAUCAAAUGAUGCUUAUUUGUUCUUGGUUUAUUUAUUUGACCUUUUGCAGCACGUGGUUUAAACGUUUUAAAAUACUCUACCAAAUGUAUUUCAUCCAAAUUAUGACUUAUACGAGAUAUAUAUAUAUAUAUAUAAAAAUAUAGUUUGCAAAAAACAAAAGAAAAAGGAGUGUUUUACCCAUUUACUUCCUGUUUAUUUCUUUUGUUAUUUUUGUAAUACAAAUGGGUGAUUUGUAAGCUCCGUGUCACGGUGGGCAAACGACCGCGCCGGCCGUCGAUUUCGAGCAAUUUGUUUACGGAAUGAUGAAUACUGUAAGAUGGACGAUACAAAGUGUUCUGGACCCUAAUGAAGCACCUUUUUUUUAUGCUGCGUUUUGGGGCGGAAACAAAAACACGGAGGACUCUCACGUCGUCUUUUCACCGCCGGCAUCAAACGAUUUGGUGGUCGCUCGCCGUGGACGAGAGACGCACACGCUGUGGAGUCUGGGUAAUAUUCAUGGAGUGUUCUUGAUUUCACCUUUUCUGGGAAAACCUGAAUGCAAAAGAAAUAAAAAUAUAUAAUAAUUCUUAA